ACAAAAUGUGUGACCAAAUAAGUGAUGCUGUCCUUGAUGCAUACCUAACUCUGGACCCUGACUCCAAAGUGGCCUGUGGUAAGUUUGUCCAGUUUUACAUUCUCUAAAGCUCUUAUAUGUUAAUAGACAAACAAGACUUUAACAAUAGUUAUUUUUUAUUACCUUUCACCUCAACAUUACUGAACUAUUUGUGCACUAGAAACUGUUACGAAGACGGGUAUGAUCAUGCUGUGUGGAGAGGUCACCUCCAAGGCUGUAGUGGACCUCGUGGAUGUGGUCAGGAAAACCGUUAAGAAGAUUGGUUACGAUCACUCCUCCAAAGGUACAGUCACUCACAGAGCAGAUUUAGCCUCAGCCAGGGUUACCCACCAGUUCAUGCAUUUAGCA